UCUGAAGAAAGAACUAGACAAGUUUAAGAAAAUAUUGCAAAAAGAGGACUUGGAAUACUUUGUGAAGGAUUUUAAUGAGAAAAAAUGCAGUAUCAAAGAAGCAGCUCUUGAUCUCACACUCUACUUCCUGAGAGAGAUGAAGCAAGAUGAAGCUGCUGAUACUUUAGAAGAUGAGCUGUUCUUCAUUCAUCAGCUAAAGUGUAGUCUAAAGAAGAAGUAUCAAUGUGUGUUUGAAGGAAUUGCAAAGCAAGGUGACUCUACACUUCUGAAUAACAUCUACACAGAUCUCUAUAUCACUCAGGGUUGUAGUGAACAGGUCAAUACUGAACAUGAGGUAAGACAGAUUGAAGUUGCUUCCAGGCGUCAUGAAUCACAAGAAAUACAGGUUGAAUGCAAAAAUUUGUUUGAAGCACCUGAACAAGACAAGCAGAUCAGAACUGUACUGACAAAAGGAGUUGCUGGCAUCGGAAAAUCAGUCUCUGUACAGAAGUUUGUUCUGGAUUGGGCUGAAGGAAAAGAAAAUCAAGAUAUCAGCUUCAUAUUUCCUCUUCCAUUCAGAGAGAUGAACUUAAAGGAGCAAGAAAAACUAAGUUUGAUGGACCUUAUAACUCAGUUUUUCCCUGAGACUAAAGGACUGAACCUUACAAGAAGGAACCAAAAAAUUCUGUUCAUUCUUGAUGGUUUGGAUGAAUUUCGUCUUCCUUUAAAAUUUUGUGGAAAAUGA